UUGACCCCUGGGCAGCAUGGCGGAGAGAACGGGUGGCAGCGAGAAAGGGUCGAGGAAGAGGCGAAAAGGCAAGGGGGCAAGAGACAAAGAGUUUUCAGAAAGACGGAACCGAAGUGGAAGACUGAGCUGAAGGAGAUAGAGACUGUUCGGGAAUUGUACGACACGAUAGACGUCGAGGAACUGGCAAAGUUUUCCGACUUUCCCCUCUCCAAGCGGACCCAAGACGGACUCCGGGGAGCAGGUUACGCCAUACCGACCGAUAUCCAGCGGGCAGCCAUCCCGCUAGCCCUACGCGGCAGAGACGUCCUUGGUGCUGCUAAGACGGGCUCCGGAAAGACCCUGGCGUUCCUGGUCCCCGUCCUGGAGCUGCUGUGGGCCGAGCGGUGGUCCCCGGACGACGGAGUCGGAGCUCUCAUCGUGUCGCCGACACGAGAGCUGGCCUACCAGACGUUUGAGGUCCUGCGUCGGGUGGGGGUGAAGCACGACCUGUCUGCGGGGCUAGUGAUUGGAGGCAAGAGCUUGCAGAGCGAGCAGGAGGCCAUCGAACGGACCAAUAUCGUAGUUUGCACGCCGGGCCGCCUUCUCCAGCACAUGGACGAGACUGUCAACUUCCAUUGCUCUUCUCUCAAGCUCCUAGUCCUGGACGAGGCCGACCGAAUCCUCGAUCUCGGAUUCCAGGCUACCGUCAAUGCCAUUGUUGAGAAUCUCCCGGCAGAGAGGCAGACCCUGUUAUUCUCGGCCACUCAGACCAAGUCUGUGCGGGACCUGGCUCGACUCAGCCUCCAGGACCCAGAGUACGUGGCCGUCCACCAGAACUCACAGUCCAGUACUCCACACCGUCUCGUACAGAGCUAUCUCGUGUGUGAGCUCCCCGAAAAGUUAAACACUCUCUACUCGUUUGUCAAGAGCCACUUGUCAGCCAAGAUGAUUGUCUUCAUGUCCAGCUGCAAGCAGGUCAAGUUCACCUAUGAAGUCUUUUGCCGGCUAAGACCAGGAGUUCCCAUCAUGGCACUGUACGGCCGACAGAAACAGCCGCGGAGGGUUGGAAUCUACGAGGACUUCUGUCGUAAGAAGAGCGCCGUUCUGCUGUGCACCGAUGUUGCAGCCCGUGGCCUAGACUUCCCUGCGGUAGACUGGGUCAUACAGCUAGACUGCCCCGAAGAUGCCAACACCUACAUCCACCGAGUGGGACGAACAGCUCGCUACGAGAAGGAAGGAAAGGCCCUCCUCUUCCUGCUCCCCUCCGAGGAGGAAGGGAUGCUGGAGCAACUACAGACCAAGAAGAUCCCCAUCCAGGGCAUCCGAGUCAACCCAAAGAAGACUCUCUCGAUCCAGAAGAAACUUGGGCAGUUCUGUGCGCAGGAUCCAGAGGUAAAGCACUGGGCCCAGCGUAGCUUCAUCUGCUACCUCCGCUCGGUUCAUUUACAGUCCAACAAACGAGUGUUUGAUCUCAGGAGCCUCCCCACAGACGAGUACGCCAGGUCCCUGGGACUGGCACAAGCACCGAGGAUACGAUUCCUCAAGAGGGAAGAGGCCGCAAGGAAGAGGGCAAAGAACAAAAGCAGGGGUUCCGCCGUGAGCAGUGAAGAUGGUGUCAGUAGCCCUACCCAUGACUCAGCUGUGGCUCCAGAACACGGUGAUAGUGAGUCAUCCGAUGGAUCAGGCAGUGAAUCGGACGAUGGCGAGAUCCUGAGAGUGAAACGUGUGAUUCAGCCUGACGAGAGUGAUCAGGACCUCGCCACCACGCACCACGACACGAGGGAAACCGAAACAAAACAGAAGAAGGUCGCGACAAAGGUGUCCUCUGCCAAACGUCUCCUCAACAAGAAGAUCAAGGUCAACACACACAUCAAGUUUGACGAGGAGGGAGCUCCCGUUGGUCCACCAGUGACUGAGCAACCAGCUGGUGAGAGCAGUGACUCGGAGCAUAGUGAACAGGACGACACCGUCCACCCCAUCCCGAUACAGCACUACUCCGAGAUUGAGAGGGGUCGCCUUAGAGUGGGUGGGAUUAGCAUUGCCGAUGCUCAGGAGCUGAUGAGGAAGAGGGACAGGGGAGACAGGGCUAGGGAGAGGGAGAGGAUAAGGACGAGGCACCGGGAGCUGCGCAAGAAGAUGAAGAAGACGGCUGGGAUGGAUGUGGAGGGUGAGGAGGAGGUGGUGAUUGGGGGAAGGAGUGAGGCCAGCGAUGAAGAAGAGGAGGAGGAAAACUCAGAGACCAGCAAACGUAUAAAGCUCUCAAUUGGUGGUGAUGAUGAUGAUGCAGGAAGUGAUGUACAGCUGACUGACGAUGAAGAACUUGCACUUCAUCUGCUCAACUCAUAG